GAGACGCUUAUCAGUGCCAUUCAUCAUUCAUUCCUCCCUUAAUUUGCUUUCCUGUAGGAUCAGCAGCAGAGCUAAUUGCCCCAUCGAUUUAGAAGAGCUCUCUCCACUAGUAAGCUACCUAUGGCACGUUUCUCUUCUUUCCUCGUGAUCGCUGCGGUGGCAGCCAUGGCAUUUGUAGCCAUUGCCCGCCCCUACGAACCUUCUGGCUGGAUUACCGUUCCUAAUGUGGAGAAGGACAGCCAUGUCCAGUACUUGGGCAAGUUCGCUGUUACAAGGUAUAAUGAGCAGACUAAGGCUUACCUCGAGUUCAUUCAGGUGACAGAAGCACAAGUACUUGACCGCGGCACCGAACACUACACAUACAAGUUGGUGAUCAAGGUUCAUGAUGGCUACGCUGUCAAGUUUUUCAAGAGCGAAGUGUUCCAAGAUCUGUCAGCACCUGGCCAGCCCCCCGUCCUCAACUUGGGUUACUUCAUCCCCUCGUAUUAGCAUUCAAGAUUAUGACAUUCCACAUGGAUGCUAUAUUGCCUUCCAAUCUUUCUAUUACGAAAAUAAGAACUGUGUCAUGAAAUGAUGAGGCACGUCAGUUGUCUGCGACAAGGAAUAAAAUCUCUGUUUAUCGUCUUC